AUGUUCAAGGGCGGCAUUUUCAAACCAAAUGACGAAAACGUGGUUCAUUUUUAUUUCGAAAAGCCUGGAUUUCCAUCUGGGCUAUUCAAAAAGGUUGGUAUGUCAGCCGACGGGGCAGGUUAAAAUACCGACUGUGGACUACGGUUUUUAGGGUUAGAAAACAACUGAACUAUUGCUAUCAUGUACUCAUUUGCAUGGUGAAAACAAUAGUCCACAGUCUGCACUUUACACUGACCGGUUGUGAUACUUGGCAUUUCAACAGAAUUACAAGCAUUCAAAUUUGCCCAUUUUUAUAGAGACCCUGUUAGGAUAAAAUUCUGACAAGUGUCAUUGCAUUGAAAUGGCGACACUGGACGGCUGAAUGGUGGUGAACAACACAUGGAUAGGCUGACACAGCGACAGCACCAAAAAAGCUAUAGAGAACUGAUACCAUCAUCUUUGCUAAAUCAAAUGAGCCCCCCUCCCCAUGCCCCCCAACCCCCUCCAUCAAACAUCAAUUACAUUAAUCAAAUAUAGACAGGGACAUGGCUUCCUCCUCAAAAUGCAAAACAACAGGUUUUGAAAAAUUCGGACUGAAGAUAUAUGUACCCCUCCUCCCCCCCUCUAAAAGAGUGUCUCAUCAUAGAAAGUUUCCCAAAGUGUAAAUUCUCCCUCACUUCUGCAAAAUUAUCACAAUUGUUGUUUCAACUAGUCCAAUUCCUGUCAGGUUGUUAUCAUUCCCUCCUUGGAAAAUAAGGUGUUUCAAUAACAGAGUGCAGUGACAAAGUCAAGGAAAAUGGGGACAACCUAGUGUGUUUAACCAAAUAAAAGUUUUGGUAUGAAAUUUAGGAUAAUGUAGGCCAUUUUUCUUACUGGACCUUUGGUUUUUAAAGUGAAAGUAGCGUUUGCUGGAUUACACUUUCAAGAAUAUAGUCAUUAUAAUUCAGGGGCAUUAGAUCUUUGCUUAAACACAGUGUGUGUUUUCAUUUUCUUUUUACAGACAGUCAGUAAGUAUAUGAACGGUCUGCUGAAUACAAAGGGUGGAGUAUUGGUGUUUGGAGUGCGGCCCAAA